UAAAUAUAAUUAAUUAGGGUGGAUGAAUGUUGGCAUGGAUUUUGCAACUAAAAUCAAGAAUGGAACAUCCAACAUUAAAGUUCUCACCAUACUACCAGGAACCUACAGAAUAAUCGAGAGCAUAUAUGUCGUUUUUGCAAUAUAUAUCUUUGUUUCGUUCGCAUUCUUUCUUUUGCGACCAUAUCUGACUAUGUUUAAGAUAUGCAGGGAACCACCAAAAAUGUCUGCUCAACGAGCCCCAGACGAGCCGAGCACAACGUCUUACGAAGAUAAAAUGUCAAAUUGUCGUAAAACUGGUAGCCUGCAUCGACACCGAUAUCAAAUGUAUGCUCGUGUGGCGAUGACGUCAUUGACAGUUUUAAUGAGCUCAAUGGUGCUUAUCCACGUAACCAUGGAUCUUUGGGCGUAUUCGGAUAAUAACACUACAUCUGCUUAUGUGCAGUGUGUUCGACACAUCGUCAGUGGUUUAUUUUACAUCAUUAGUGCGUUUUGCUUAUAUGGAUUUUUAUGGAUACGCCAACGAGCAUUUUACGCACAUCCAGUCUUGAAACAUUUGGCAAAACCGUGUCUGAUCAGAUUUAGUUGGUCAGUCCUGGCGACAAUCAUAUUUGCAGUAUUUUCAAUAACAGUAUUAUUUUUUUUGCCUCAAAUUCAAAAGAUACAUCGGAUGUAUUCUUUGGAUAAUUCGACGAUUACUUUAGACAGCUACGAGAUUGAUUACGCAGCUUACGGAAUUGUUCCUCUCGAAUGCGGCUUUCAGAGAAAAGAUGUUUAUCUGGGCCUUCAUUUAGCUGUUACCAUGGGAUUUUUAUACUUUCAGAUUUCUCUUCAAAUUCUAUUUGCUUAUCCUAUAUUUAAGCAAAGGCAAAAGCAAGAUCGACUUCACAAGACUCCAAGUUCCAAUUUAUCAUUAAGGGAUGAUUGCUCUAGCAACUACUCGUUCGGACGUAGCAGAAAAUCAGGCAGUACUUACGAUACAACAGUAGAAGGUGAAGAAUCAGUGGUAGUUCGUCUUUCAUCCGGAUCUGGGUUAGGGUUACCCACAGACGACAAAUGCGAGAGCUCCGUUUUUGAUGAUGAUGCCACUUCCGGGUUGUCAAUGAAGAUAUGUAGAUUUGAGGAAGGGGACGAUAUUUCGCAACAAACCCGGCACAGUUUCAGUGUUCAAGUCUCGUCUUCUGAUAACAACGGAAACAUUUUGAACAAAUCAGAUACAUGUGGAGACAAACUUAAAUGUGAAAUUUUAAAAGUAGAAGACGAAUGUGGAAUGGAAUCACAUCGAGCAAAUUUAAAUGUACGAAAUGAUGAAAAUCGCGAUUCUACAUUUAGAGAUCGUCCUCAAAAUGCGUGCUCAAAUGAAGUUACUUCAAAUUCCAGCAAGCGGCAUCUAUCAAUUACACAAGCUAAAAACUCAACAUCAAAGAGCGUUAGAAAAAUUUCGGCUAAAUUUGGAAGCGUGCGUUUCAAGGAAUUGCGAAGACGCACGACAGUACGUACACUCAUGGAACGUCGAAACAGGCGGGCGAGAGCACAUCUCCGGGCAUACGUCGUAAGAUGUUUGUGUGUAUCCAUAAUAUGCUCAGUAUCUGAUGUUAUAGCGUUUUUGAUCAGCUUUUUUGCGCAGUUCCAUUAUCACGAAGAACUUGCCAACAUUCAUUCAGGCGUGACAGAAUCUUUAGUGACAUCACUGGCUUACAACGCAAACGUGAUUGUCAAUCUCCUAUGUAUGUUGGCUUGCUAUAAAGAUUGGAGAGCAAGAAUAUGCCCAUGGUAUUAUUUAUAUAAAGAUAUGAAAAUCAUUUUGUCAUCUUGAAGCUGUAAAAAUUUAUUCAGUUAUAGUUGUGGGUUAAGUUCAAAAUGCAAUGUUUGAGUUCAACAUCGUAAAUACGAAUAUAUUAUGUAUAUAUACAGGGUGUGCAUAAAGUAGCUUGCAAUUUGAAUUUCGUAAUGAGGGCAGUUUUCAAUUCAUCUUAACCAGGCUUGUUACUUUAUAAUACGUAAUUGUUUAGGCAUUUUAAUUUCAUUUAAUGCAUCUGUGAGUGCCAAAACAAUAUAUGAUAUCGAUCAAUUCCCUUUGAAAUUUUAAAUAAAAUUUGAAAACUUUAUGAACACCCUAUAUAUAUUCAACGAAUUUAAUACCAAAAUCAAAUCUUUGGUUCAAACAAAUCACCUCAACUUAAUGCUACGGUGCCAAUUCUGUAUACCAAAGUGAAACGAGUAUCGUAUUUUUUGUUAAUCCCAUAGCCUAAUGCGAUCUGAAGCAUUUGCAUUGUUUUUCUCUCUAUAAUUAAUCGUUAUGUCUAAGUAAUGUAUUACAUCAUUUCGCUGGAACAGAAAUUGUAUGAUACAAUACAAUUAAUUGAACAGAAAGUUUACUUUGAAAGCAGUCGGUAUUGUCGAAUAUUAUUUUUUUUUUCUUGUUUUAAAUGCUUAAUUUUUACAACGUUUAAUAUAUUAAAAUGAGAGAAAAAAUAACUUGUGUAUCGGUAUAACUCUCGAUCGUCA